AGUUGGCCCUCCAAAUUUAAUAAUGCAAUGCUUCUUUUCUUAUAUAGUUGUUUAUAUAUAUCUAUAUAUAUAUAUGUAUGAUCUCUAUUAUAAAGAACAACACUACAAUUUCUUCUUGACCCUAAAGAAACGAAGAAGGAAAGAAAAAAUUCUCUUAUUUUCACCAUUUAAAUCGAUUGUUUUUUUGAAGAUAUAUAGUAUAAUGGAAGCAAGGAAGAUAAAGUUUCACGCUUUAUUACUCUCGUUCUUACUUAUCUCCGGAAUCCCUUCGAUUCUUGGGUUGAGUGUGAGUAUGAGAGCCACUACUAGAUCGGAGCCGGAGGCAUUUCACGGCGGAGACUUCUCGGAAGUGAAGAUCAGGAAGUUGAUGGUUACAAACUUGGAAGUUGAUGAUUCAAGUGACUAUUAUGAUGAAGGAUCAUCAUCACCAUCACCACCAGUGCCUGAUUAUGAUGAUAUCUAUAGAAGGCAAGGUGAUGUCCCAAGCCCCGGUAUUGGCCACUGAUACAUGUCAUGGGUAUAUUUUUACACACCCAAUAAAUACACAUUCUGUGUUAUAUAUUUAUACAUACAUCACAUGUUGUUUAUAUACCUUUUUUUUUCCUAAGAGAGGUGGUCUCUAUAUAUACU